UUCAGCGCACCUCCCUCCCACCCCCAGCUAGUGCAUCCUAGCCCUGCGGGACGCGCGUCUCAGCCUCCCAACGAACUCUCCACAGCUAUCUCCCUCUCACAUUCUCUCGCCUCCGUGCAAUCAGAGUUACUUAUCUCCGUCAGCCCCGAACCCGCGCCGUUAGUGUGGUCGCGCCGCCGCUCAUUUUCAUAUUCAGCCCAAGAAAGGAAUGGGAGGCAGAGGAGUUAUUGGUGACAAAUGGUCCAUGAGGGUUCUCUGGGUCUGUGCCCUAGGAAGUGCAGUCGGUUUGUAUAUGGUUGCUCAAGAAAGACAAUUACAGAACAGGGCAAGAAUGUUGGCUGAGAGUUUGAAGGACGUGGAAUCAGGAGGCAGUGGUGAAAAUGUUUAGGCCUUUUAGGGCGUUGUUGAAAUGUGAGCUCCAGACUACCUGAGAUUCUAUCUUUUGCAAAUUGCUCCCAUCUCUUAUGGUGGCUACAAACCAAUACUGGCCAGGAGCCGUACCAACAGCUGGCCCAGGAGUUGAGAAAGGUGUAAGCAAUGUUAGAGCUGGUCCAGCAGCUGAGGGAUGGGUAAACGAUGUUUGGGCUGGUACGAAAGCUGGACCGAAAGCUGGUCCAGGAGCUGAGGGAUGGGUAAGCGAUGUUAAGGCUGGUCCGAGAGCUGGACUGAAAGCUGGUCCAGGAGCGGAGGAAUGGGUAAGCGAUGUUAAGGCUGGUCCGAGAGCUGGACCGAAAGCUGGUCCAGGAGCUGAGGGAUGGGUAAGCGAUGUUAAGGCUGGUCCAAGAGCUGGACCGAAAGCUGGUCCAGGAGCUGAAGGAUGGGUAAACAAUGUUAAGGCUGGUCCUACAGUGGGACCAAGAGCUUGGCCAGGAACUGAGGGAGGGGUAAGCAGUAGUGAAGGUGGUGUGAGGAGAGAUGUUGAUCCAAUGAUUAAUGGACUGGGACUGGGACUGGGAGUGGAUAUUGGGUAUAGAUCAGGAUUUAGGGCAGGUGUAGGGGGAGGGGAGCAUUGGUUUGGCCCAGGAAUUGGAGGUCGAGGGGUGUCCAAUGAGUGCACAUUGGGGUAUGUUUGUCCAACCUACGGACGCAGGGGAUGCGACAAAUUUUCUUAUGGAAAUUGCGAUAGUUAUGGCUUUCAUCCACUGAUGGCUUCCAUGCAACUGCACGAAGUUGAAAUGAAAUGGGCCAAAGGCAGCAAGCCUGCUGCAACGCCUCAAAAUGGCGUCUAGUUAAAUGCUUUCAUGUCCAUCUCCUCCUUUCACUCCUGCAAUAUUAAAUAAAGUAAUGUUCUUUCACCUCUUGAUGAAUAAAAACAAGCUGAAUACCUUCCCUUGCCUUGCCCUUCCCACUCUUCUACUCUCUUAGACAAUGCUUAUUCAAUAAACACCUCACAUCCAAUGAAAGAGUUUCCAAAUCCAUUACAUUCCCUCUUUUGUUUACAUAAUCUUAUUAGCUUGCCAUCCUCUCGAGCGUCAUCGAUUUGUUAUGUUAUAAUAAUGAAGUUUCGAUG